GCAACUCAAGAUGGCGGACGACAGUGAGCCAGCAGUGAAGCCGCCGGCACCUCCGCUGCCGCAGAUGAUAGAAGGGCAGGGAAACGGCCAUGAGCACUGCAGCGAUUGCGAGAACGAAGAGGACAACAGCUACAACCGGGGUGGUUUGAGUCCAGCCAAUGACAGUGGAGCCAAAAAGAAGAAAAAGAAACAGAAAAAGAAGAAAGAAAAAGGCAUUGAGACAGAUUCAACCCAGGAUCAGCCUAUGAAGAUGAACUCUUUGCCAGCAGAGAGGAUCCAAGAAAUACAGAAGGCCAUUGGGCUGUUCUCAGUGGGUCAGGGACCUGCCAAAACCAUGGAGGAGGCUAGCAAGCGAAGCUACCAGUUCUGGGAUACACAGCCGGUCCCCAAACUGGGUGAAGUGGUGAACACCCAUGGUCCUGUGGAGCCUGACAAGGACAACAUUCGCCAAGAGCCAUAUACCCUGCCCCAAGGCUUCACGUGGGAUGCUUUGGACCUGGGGGACCGUGGUGUGCUGAAGGAACUGUACACCCUCCUGAAUGAGAACUACGUGGAAGACGAUGACAACAUGUUCCGCUUUGAUUAUUCCCCGGAAUUUCUGUUGUGGGCUCUCCGGCCACCCGGCUGGCUUCCCCAGUGGCACUGCGGGGUUCGAGUGGUCUCAAGUCGGAAACUGGUUGGGUUCAUUAGCGCCAUCCCAGCAAAUAUCCAUAUCUAUGACACAGAGAAAAAGAUGGUGGAAAUCAACUUCCUAUGUGUCCACAAGAAGCUGCGCUCCAAGAGGGUGGCUCCUGUCUUGAUCCGUGAGAUAACCCGGCGGGUCCACCUGGAGGGCAUCUUCCAAGCUGUUUACACUGCUGGGGUGGUACUACCAAAGCCUGUUGGCACCUGCAGGUACUGGCAUCGGUCACUAAACCCACGGAAGCUGAUUGAAGUGAAGUUCUCCCACCUGAGCAGAAAUAUGACCAUGCAGCGUACCAUGAAGCUCUACCGACUGCCAGAGACUCCCAAGACAGCUGGGCUGCGACCAAUGGAAAAAAAAGACAUUCCAGUAGUGCACCAGCUGCUCACCAGGUACUUGAAGCAGUUUCACCUCACGCCCAUCAUGAGCCAGGAAGAGGUGGAGCACUGGUUCUACCCCCAGGAGAAUAUCAUCGAUACUUUUGUGGUGGAGAAUGCAAAUGGUGAGGUGACGGAUUUCCUGAGCUUCUAUACGCUUCCCUCCACCAUCAUGAACCAUCCAACCCACAAGAGUCUCAAAGCUGCUUAUUCCUUCUACAAUGUUCACACCCAGACUCCUCUUCUAGACCUCAUGAGUGACGCCCUUGUUCUCGCCAAAAUGAAAGGGUUUGACGUGUUCAAUGCACUGGAUCUCAUGGAGAACAAAACCUUUCUGGAGAAACUCAAGUUUGGCAUAGGAGACGGCAACCUGCAGUAUUACCUUUACAACUGGAAAUGCCCCAGCAUGGGGGCAGAGAAGGUUGGGCUGGUGUUACAGUAACCAGUUGCCAGUGAGACUCUGGAUAAAGCCACUGAGAAUUCACACCAGGAAAUGGAACCCACCACUUGUUGGUCCAGUUUUCACAAAUGUGAGAAUCCCUGGCAAAGGGAACAGGACUGAAUCGGCUUUACCAAACCGCCAGCGAACUUGACAAUUGUAUUGCAAUGGCGUAGGCUGCGUGAUGUCACCUCUGGCUGUGUCUCUGGUCUCCCUGUUUUCCUAUUAAUCGCAUCCUCAUGCAGCCGUGAUCAAGGGAAUGUAACUGCUGAAAACUAGCUCGUGAUUGGCAUAUUAUGGAGUUAACGGGUGAAUAAUAAAAGUAUAUAUAUAUAUUA